AUGGACUCUGCGCACUUGGUACUCGAAGAACGCGACGCAAACGGCAACUUCUCAAAGGCCUUCUACGACAACGCGCUCGACGCCGAAAAGCACCUCGCCCUUCCCGGCGACCGGCGCAGCAGCAACCCCGACCCUCUACACGAUCUCGGGCGGGCGCCGAGCAGAAUUGUCGAGGUUUCUGCAAAUGACAAGUCUGUCUACCAGUAUCUCUCGAUCGGCGGCCGGCGCCCGUCGUCGUCGAGAGUACUGCGCGUGUUGCAGUUCCUGAUCAGCGUGUUUCUGCCGACUGGCUAUCCCGACAGUGUGACCUCGGAUUAUGUGGACUACCAGAUCUUUGACUCGAUCCAGGCUUUUGCUAGCACGAUCGCCGCGCUCAUCGGGAAUCGGGCAGUACUCACCGCCGUCGGAGUUGGCGACAAGAACGCGACGAGCACAUCGGCUAUGUUUAUCACCGGCUUGCAAGAGACACUAGGCCGUCUAGCCACCAUCAGUUUUGCCUGGAAGUACGGCUCAACUCUAGAGCAGGAAUGCAAGAAGUUCAGAUUCGUCGCUGACCUCGUGUACAAUGCUGGUGUUAUCUGCGACGUUUGUGCGCCGUACUUUGGAGUCUCUAGAAGCACGAAAAUCUUCUUCCUGUGCUGCUCGGGUGUUCUUAAAGCUGUCUGUGGAGUUAUGGCCAAUGGAUCGCGAGCGGCUUUGACUCAGCACUUUACCGAUUCCGAACGUGGCAGUAUCUCGGAUGUAUCUGCGAAAGAUGCCUCCCAGGAAACCGUCAUCUCGCUGAUGGGCAUGCUGGUUGGUGCGAUUAUAGUUCCGUAUGUCAAUACCGACAUCCAGAUCUGGACGACGCUACUUUUGCUCAUCACGGUCCAUCUCACGACAAACUACUGGGCGGUGACCUCUGUGGUCAUGGACACUUUGAACCGACAACGUGUCAAUAUAGUAUUUGCUUAUUUGAUGGACCAGACGUCGCCGCUCAUGCUUGAGUCGGACCUUCUUGACCACCAGUCAGUUCUUCCCUCGCGGAUCUUAUCGCCAAAAGAGGUUGUCAAGCAAGAGAGAGUGCUCGAGCGCGACGGCUUGCUUCGCUGGGGCAGCGGCAACACAAUCUUGGGCCACGCCUCGAUCGGUAGUUUCUCAGAAGUGUACAGGAUCCUACCGAGCGGUAUGACGGUCAACGAGCUGCUACAUCUGUUUGGCGACGGUAAAGCCGGGUACGUACUCUGGUUCGAACACGGCCGCGUGAACGGUCGAAAGGGUUCGUUUGUGACCGUCCGCGGCGCGCUGAUCGAUGUCAAUCACGCAGACGACGAGGACUAUGCAAACUCAGAUGCAGCAUACUACGGCGUCAAUCCAGAGUCGAAGGAGGCAGCAGAGACCGACACGCGCGAGCUGCGCGCCUGGGUGCACGCACUCUACCUCGCGAAGAGCAUCCGCGCGCUGCACCACGGCAGCGGCGACGUCACGUCGCUGACGGCUGCGCGCGACCACGUACGGCGCACGCUGAAGAUCGUCGACGGACUGUUCGACAGCAGCGGCCUCGUUGCGGACGCGCUCCGUCUGCGCGGAUGGGACCUUUCGCGGGGCCGUACGAUGGUGGUGAGCGGGAGCGUACCGCGCAUUAGUGUUCGGGGUCACGUGACUUCGGGAGAACGAUAA